AUGAAUGUUACUAUAACUAAUAAUAAGUUUAUUUGUGAUGUAAAUUAUGGACGAUACAGUAAAACACACAUCGGUAGCAACGAUAGACCGUUUGGCAAAAGAAUAGUUACACAUAAAAAAUUGGUUACCUCUAAGAACAUACACACGGCUAAUUCUAAAAAUGGUAAGAGUUAUUCCGCUGGCAUUAUAAAUGAGGAUAAAUUAAAAGUGAUUAGACCAAAGAAAACAACAAAAUCCACAGUAAGUGUUCAUAAAACUAAUAAAAUAGACGCAUAUGACCAUAGUAAGGGUUGUGGUGAUACAACUAUAGAAGACAGUUUUAAUUCCAAUAGUAAUAACGUGAAUAGUAAAAUAAAACAAUAUUGUGAUACUAGACUCAAUUCUGAAUCGAAAUCAUCAAAUUACAAAAUAAAAAAUGAUAGACCAAGUUUUGGAAUAAAACCAUCAAAAUCUUUAAGACAGUGUUAUAGAAAUGAGAAUUUCCAUCGAUCGUCCGACUCCAUUGGCGAAAUUGAAAGCAACAUGAGAAGGAUUUCGUUAAACACAAUUAAAGAAUUACCUGAAGUUGUUAUUUCAGACAGUACUGCGUCCCACGUUUCAGAUGUAUUUAAUAUAUAUUCAGAUUCUGAAGAACUUGGAUAUUUAAACAUUAAUAAUGAAGAUACUAUAAAGAAAAUAAAAGAAUUUAGGGAUAACAAUUAUUUUGAGUGUCAUUCAGCCAAAUCUAGAAUUGAAAGUAAAGUGAGUGUUACAAAUUUGAUAGAUCACAAAUGCAGCUACAGAUUCUAUUUGAACGAUCGACUAUUUCCCAUACCAAUAUGCACUGACCAUCAAAACAACAUAAGAUGUGUUGAGUGUCAUCUACCAAUGACUUUAAAAAAUGAGGGUACUCAUAAAAUUAAUGGUACAAUACAGGCAAAAACUAGAAUAGGAGAUGACCAGCCACAAGACACGAUCUUGUUUCUACCUAUUAACGAGCAUCUGAUAAUAAAAGAGAGAAAGAAUGAGAAGAGAAGAGAAGAGGAUAUGUUCUAUUUUGGGAUCAUAAAACUGGGUAGCGACGGUAACUCAGUUUUCAAUCAAACAACGCCAUCUAAUUCACUGGCGUUGAGAUAUCAAAAAGGGUACAAAGACCAUAGCAAUAGUGUUUACAGAUUUGAAAACAUUGAUCAAGGUGAUGUUAUUGUUAUUUAAUUCAUUUUUUAUGAAUGAAUUUGUAUUAU